AUGGAUUCUGGGCGUGGUAAAAUUAGAAUGAAUGUGGAAGGUGAUAGAUUAAGUAGCUUGCCAGACGAUCUUAUUCUUAAGAUUCUGUCAUUUAUUGGCACUAAACAAGCAAUCAGAACAAGUGUUUUGUCAUCUGGAUGGAGGUAUAUCUGGACUUCAACGCCUUGUCUCGAUUUCUCAAUUCAGGAUUUUCGUACGUUGGACAAGUUCUCCAAAUUUGUUACAGGUGUACUAUCUGGCCGAAAGAACCAAAUAGACGUGUCUUCUCUCGAGCUUGAUUUACUUAGAAAGGCUAGCCAGUGGUUUUUCAAAAGAAGUUUGAACAAAAUUUUGAACUAUGCAUUAUCCCAUAAUGUCCAACAGCUGAAUAUUAGUUGCUGGAAAGGAUGCGAAUCCCGUCUUUCUCGCUUUAGUUCUCAGUCUCUCAAACAUCUCACUUUGAUAGGGCUUAGUUACAAAAAUUCCAUUACGACACCACCUACUUGGGACAUGCAAGCUUUAACAACAUUGACUCUCUUUGGUGUCACAUUGUAUGCUGAUAAUACUGGUGAGUCUGCUGGUCUUUUCUCCAACUGUGCAAACUUGAAGAAUCCAUAG